GGUGGAGACCUUUAGAUUAGAAGGAGAAAUUAUUCUAAAGCAAGCAUUAAGUGAAGUGAGGACAACAAUAAGAUUGAGAUAUUUUUCAUUGCAAAGUACAACCUUUAAACUAUUCACUGGAAAUUGAAAUAAGGCAUCUAGUGAUGCUCCUCAACUCAGCAAAGUAAAUUCUGAAGAAAAUUCUUUCUAAAACUUCAUGUAAUACAUUCUAACUGAAUAAUAGCUACACUUAAGCAAAGAAGAAAAGACUGCUCGAAGGAGCUUCACUUCCCUUAACCUAGAAAAGCCCGAAGUUUAAAGGAGAAGUAUGUGACAAACUUCAUUCAUGUUUCCUCAUGGUUGCUUGAUGGAAAAUGAGCUUUGAACGAAUUCAUCUAUUUACAACACUGGGCAAAAAGAGACUUUGCUCAAACCUUAACACCAAGAUGCUGUGUAUGCAUAAGAUAUCAGGGAAAUACUGUCCAACACCCCUGUAAAGAGGGUGAAAUGUCGGCUUAUGAAAACGUUGUUGCUGGGAAGUUAAGGCUAAAGGGCAAAGCUCUAGAUGUGAAAUCUAGCGGGAUAAAAAAGAAAAAGAAGCACAAGCAUCAGUAUGAUCUAGUGACUCAAGUGACUGGUGGAAACAAUGCGGUGAGAGCAAACCAACUUGAGGAUGAGAUAGACGAUAGCUAUCUUGACAGUGGGAUGAAAGAGCAAGCAACCAAGAACAAUGAUCAUCUCACACCCGCAGAGAGAAAAUACCUUGAGCAGUGGGAGAAACUUAACAUCAAACGACUCGCGAAAGAAGUCACGAAAUCCCACCGUGAUAGAAUUCAAGAAUUUAAUCGAUACCUAGCUAAUCUUACUGAGCAUUAUGACAUUCCUAAGGUUGGUCCUGGUUAACAUGAACCAGCCUUUGGAAACUCCAUUUUUCCUGUCAUUUUGUGCAUGCUAUGGAUUGUUUUGAAGUCUUGAAAUCAAGUCGAUUUUGCAAUGUAGCUGGAAACCGCUGGUUGUUUCUUGGGCCCGAUGCCUCGUUAAUUUAGAUAUGUCUUGCUUCUUUGAGAGACAUAUUACCAGUGUUGUGAUUCAA